AUGAGGCGCAGCACAGUUGUGCGGUACUACUGGUCACGGUAUCGCAUACCGUCGCAGAUGCCUAGGUUCGACGGGCCGGCACCGGUAGCAGCCCCUCAGAACAUGAACAGUACCAAGACAAACGAGUUCAUCGACCCUAUCGAUGACAAAUUUCCUAUCUCUAUACGCGGCAACCUAGUGCGGCCCGAUGUACCAGAAGAUCAAUACGUGGAUAGCUGGUAUGUGUGCACGUCCAUGACGCACCACCUUGGCGACUUUAGACCUUGGAGUGCCAGCGCACCAGCCAACGCCUACCGCUUUCGCCCAUACAACGAGUUCGACUCGAAGGGCCGCGAAUAUGUAGAACAUCUGCGAAAGUAUAGCCGCUAUACACCACAGGCGUCGCGGGGAAAAGGCGCCAAGGGGUUUCCCUUUCGCGAGGCGUACUUGACGAAGAUGAACACCGCUGAGACGACCGCGGUGAACCCGACGCGUGAAACAAUCAUGAGUCGUGCUGUUGCCGAGCGUCUGCAUCACGCAAGGGUGCUGAGCCCUCUUCAGGUGCAGCGAGAUGUCGGCCGACUAGAGGAGCCUCUGCCCUGCGCCGGCAAGAUUAUGGCUGACCGUUCUACCUUCCCUUUUCGUUCGAACACGGAGGACUGGUACGAGUACGAGGUGGCCAAAGUGCGCAACAGGCGCUUUGUGUUUGAAAACACGAAUGGCAACGACGCCAGUGCGGCGGAGGUGACGUACCGCAUCGUGCUGGAAGGAUUCUGGGACCACCACGUGAUGAAACUGGCCGAUGACGUAGUGAUGUUUCUCAAAGAUGUAGGCCGCCAGGUGGUGGAGGAGAAGCUGAAGAGCGUGCGCGCCAGCCUCGAGAGCUUGACGAGCGGUCGCGCAGUCGACCCCGAGGUGGUCGCGGCCUUUAAUGCGUCGCUGAAGGGGCCAUUCGGCGGCCCUGACCGCUACGACACGGAAGAGGUGGCACAUUUUUUGCGCACCGAGCUGGAACGCCUGGAGAAGCAAUGCGUCGACCUCAUCAAUCGCUCCAACGUUCCCAUUCCAGGUACGUCGAACAUCUACGAUCCAAAUGUUUCGUGGCCGUACGUGGAGCAGAUGGAGCCGUGGACCCGACUGGCCGAGUUCUGGACAUCCUCCUCGGACACCUCCUUCACCGAGCUCGAGAUGUCGACGGCGCACUACGAAUUUCGCAAGUAUUUCCGUGUUGUCGUGGUGAAGCUGCCCUUUCAGAGCACUGAGUUCGAGCAGCGGAUGUAUGGCAUUCGUCACUGGCUGCACCGUCAGACAAGCUGCGAGUUUCACACAACGUACAGACGCAACGUGGUGCACGACAGCGCCGUGUUCCCAACUGAGCACGAUGCGGAGACGCCACCGUCUCACGAGCACCACCGGCUCUUCUCCUUUGCACUCGAUUGGCAGAGCGCCCCAGUGAAUUACCUGAGCGUCGAACUGGCCAGAGAGGGUGACAGCUGGGCCUCUCUCGCCAAACGCCUCGGGUGCUCGGAGUCGGAGCUCCAGGCGGCCAAUGAUACACUGGAGGAGGUGGUCGCUGGUGUUGCGGUGAAUGUGCCGGGAAGUGCGACGCGGCGCUUGACCAGCUUCAGCGCUGCGCCGUCUGUCUUGCCACUGCAGCCUCGCGACGGCAAGCCGGCCAUCACGUCUUGGCGGGCGGCGGCAGAGCUUCUCGACUGCUCUAUUGAGGAGUUGCAGCAGGCAAAUGGUGCGGCUGCUCUCACCUACGUCGCCGCAGCGGAGUCGGGCGAUGGCGCCUUUGAUCCCACCGUCAAGGAGCUGGUGGUGCCCUACACCGCCACCGCCGCGUCGAGCGGAUCCAGUUUUGCGGCCUUCGAGCCGGUGUUCGAGGGCGAUACCUGGGCGUCCAUCGCCACGCGAUUGGGCUGCACUGAGACGGAGCUGCUGCGUUGCAAUGACGUGGAUGUACCAGGGGUCGCCGUGUCGUCGCGCUCUGUCGUGAGAGUGCCGGAAAGCGCGACGACGCCACGCCGUAUUCUACACCCGCAGCUUCGGCCGCAGGCUGCAACCGACGCGUUGCUGGCGCGCACACUUGGUGAGCAGGUGGCCGGCGCUCUGGGCGAGAUCCCGAGCCUCCCGGAAAAUGCGGCCAAGUUCCCCCACGAGUACCACACCUCAACCUCGCGCUUCCCCGCUACUCCGCAGGAGCCGUUGGCGAGCGAUAACUGGAUUGCCUACACUGCUAAGUAUUUGGAUAAGCAGCUGGCGCUGCAGGACGAGCCGACUCCGGUGUACAAUGUGAACAAGUUGUGGCCGAUGCAACAGGUGCCGGGGAAGAUUGACCAGACCCCGUUUGAGGAGGAUCAGACGUGGUUCAUGCACCCCAUCCCUGUGCAGCAGAUGGAGCAGCAUCACCCAGAGAAGGACUUACAGGACCUUCCCUUUGUCAAUCACGAGCAGUUUCCACGGUCGCUGGAGUGGACGGCACCCUAA